AUGUACCAUUCUCUACAGAUUACACCAUCCGGUUCCAACCCGUGUGUUAUUUGUACUAACUCAGUGGAUGAGUCUUUGCAGGUUCCUCAUUCUCUUGCAGGUCCCCCUUCACCGUUGUUGGAUCCCAGACUGCCUCCUGUUGAGGCUGCCAUUGAUCGUUCAGCUCCUGCUCUCCCAUCCACUCCAACAUCAUCAUUGGGUUCUCAUCCCAUGAUAACACGAGCUAAGGCCGGCAUCUUUCGAACUCGUCAUCUGGCGGAUCUCAGUAUCUUGGCACCAUCUGGACUUCUUUCUGACCUACUUGCUUCUACUGAGCCCAAAGGAUUUAAAUCUGCUGCUAAGAAUCCUGCCUGGCUUGCUGCUAUGGAUGAAGAAGAGAAGCCAAAACUUGUACAUAAGCAUGGACAUUCUAAAGAGUCAGAAACUGUUGAUGUUGAUGCCAUUGCAAUAUGA